AUGGCGAGCAACGACAUCAAAGACGUGGAGAAGACUGAGCAUCGGGAUGGCUUUGAGGAUGAUAGCCAGCAGGGAGAUGGCGCGCCGAUUCAUUGGGAUUGGAUGCGUGUGGGAGCCAUCAUGUCGCUUGCUGGAAUUUAUGUCGGUUCACAGAUCCCGCUCUACUUCGUCGGAGGCUGUUUGAGCUACAUCGCAGCAGACAUUGGCGCGACGACUACCAGCGUGUGGAUUCCUGUCUCGUAUCAAUUGGCUGUCGCUGCUCUCACACCCUUCUGCGGCUACCUCGAAGAUGGCUUUGGCAAGCGGAAUAUCGUGCUUGCAGGCUGUUUGGCAUGCUGCGUUGGUGUCAUCAUCGCUGCAACUGCACAAGGCUUCGCCCAGAUCAUUGUCGGUCUGACCAUCACCGGUAUGGGCGCGGCGCCUACUGAGCUCACGGCACUUGCUGGGCAACUCCUCUCCGUCUACGUUACAUGGCGCUGGACAAUGUGGAUCUCCCUCAUCAUCUGCGCGUUGCCCACCGUUGGUCUGAUCAUCACCUACUGGCCAAAGUCUGAGCACACCGCUGUUCAAAACCGCAAAGAGAUGAUCAAGUCGAUCGAUUGGCUCGGUGGAUUUCUCAGCAUUGUCGGAGUCAUCCUCUUCCUCGUUGGCCUUCAAGCUGGUGGCUAUACCCAUCCUUGGACUUCUGGUGGCACACUCGCGCCACUGAUCAUCGGCCUUCUUCUCAUCAUUGCUUUCGUCGUCUGGGAAGCCAAAUUCGCAAAGAACCCAAUGGUUCCAGGCGGUCUCUUCCAUGGCCAACGAAUCGUCGCAGGAUGUUUCCUCAUCUCCUUCGUGGCCGGCAUGAACUUCUACUCCCUGCUCAACUUCUACCCUCUAACAUUCUCGGCUGUCUACGACCCUGCGCCAGUUGCUGUCGGUCUGAAGGGCUUGGGCUACGGUAUCUCCGUGACAGCUGGCGCCACCAUCGGCAAUGCUUUGAUUUCAUCCUUCAAGGGCCGCAACAGGGAACUCUUGGCAUUCGGAGCCAUUCUCAUGACGGCAUUCUCUGGAGCUCUUGCGUCGCUGACGCCCGAGACUCCAGGCAUGGCAGUCGCUUUUGGCACUCUUGCCGGAUUUGGUGUUGGUAUUCUGCUCGUUCCUCCGGCUGUGGUUGCAGCUUGUGUUGUCCCCGACAACCUCAUCGCAACAGCCGUCGCCCUCGUCGUAACCCUCCGCUUCGUCGGCGGCGCCAUCGGCUACACAAUCUACUACGCCAUCUUCACCGACAAAAUCACCGGAAUCCUUCCCGUUCAAGUCGGCACCUACGCAGUCGGUGCAGGACUAAACCCAGCCGACGCGACCGAAUUUGUCACCACCUUCCUCACUGCUCCAGCCGAAAUCGCGACGCUGCCAUAUGCUUCACCUGCCAUUAUUGCGGCUGCUACAGAGGGCACUCGAUGGGCGUACUCGAUGGCAUUGACUUAUGUCUGGUAUACGAGCAUUCCGUUCGGUAUUAUCACUAUUGCCGUUGCGUUGUUCUUGCCAGAUAUUAGGAAGUGGAUGACUUCACGUGUGGCUGUGAAUAUUGGGAGGAAGUAG